CUAUAAUAAUACAUAUAUUGUUUGACGUAUGGAAUCAAAAAUUUUAAGGUUAAGUUAAUAAUAACAACAACAAUAACGACAACAUGCAUCCGAGCUAUCAGAGUGCACAGCAACCAGAUCAAAUGCAGCAACUGCGGGAACUGCAGCGACAACAGCAACAGCAAGAACAACGACGGAUGCAGCAAUAUGUGCAACAACAGCAACAACAACAACAGCAAGAGCCACAAAUUGUUUUCUCGCGUGGAGGCCGAGCGCUUGGCGAACAGGACCAGAAUAGGAUUGUGGUAGUCAUCCCCGAAGAACUGUUCGUGGCAUUUGUACGCAAAGUUUACUUGAUUGCCACUGUCUUCAUUCUGAUCACGUGCGCCGUUUGGUUGACCAUUUCGAUUCUCGAAGUCGACUUCAUCGAGGCGACGAAGGUGCCUAGUUUUGUGUGGUUCAUAUUGACGUUCGUUACGUUCAUUAUAUUCCACUGGUGCCCGAGGGUGCGCUAUAUCUUUCCCGUAAACUGGAUCUUAGUUGUGUGCAUCGUAGCAUUUUUAACUCUAGGCGGCUGCUGUUAUAUGAGUCUAUACGACCCACUUAUACUUCUUUGUGGAAUGGUAAUUGCACUGGCUGUGAUCGUGAUAUUGCACGUCUGUGGCGCCAUGUGCCCACUGACAGUUCUGCCGGGCGGCCUACUAACUGGAUGUCUAAUGAUCAUAAUUAUGAUAGUGCUCCUGGUGUUCGCGUUUCUCAUGUUUUUCCUUAGGGACCCAGUCUACGGUAUAUACACGGUCGCCUACAGAUUGUGCCACUGUUUGAUUUGCCGUCUUGCGCCGUCAGCAUUGUCCUUGAUUUUGUGGCGGUCUUCAUCUGCAUAUCAUAUUUUUACUACUAUCACUUAUAUUUAAAAACAGGUGACAGGUACCUGCAAUAGGGAAGGUAAAUUAAAUUUAUCCGAAUAAAUAAAACACUCAAGACCGAAAAA